UUUCCACCCGGACUCGUUUGAUUGUUGCUCUUCAAAUGUUUUAGCCUAAAAUAGUCAGCUAAUACACUUUUUUUAAAAAUAAUAAUAAUUAUUGUUAUCAAUCUUGUACAAAUAUUCCGACGUAUAUCGUUUCAGAGGAACAUCAUUUUACGUGUUUUGUUUUAUUUAGUCUCAUUUGGAAUCGUAAGGGGGAAAAAAACAACUUAGGUUGUCUUUGAGAUACUGUGCGUUAUGAAUCUUUUUCUUUCGUUCUUUCUUUCUUUCUUCAUUUUGUUAUUUCUCUUUUUAUUCCCUCUUGUCAGCCUGUCACCCUGAAAAGUUAAAAAAAAGAAAAGAAAAAGAAAAACAAAAUCAGUGUAGACUUAGCGCUAUCUACGGUUUCCACCCGGACUCAUUUCAUUGUUACUCUUCAAACGGAUUAGCCAAAAUUAAUCAAAAGGGAAGGAAAUUUGCCUUGACUCUGAGGUAACUAGGUUAAAACUGAUCAUGACGCUCCUAGAAAUAAAUAAGUAAAUGAAUAAAAUGGAGUUUUUCGGGAAGCCUGUUUCUGUGCCUCUGAGAGAAGUGUACUAGUGAAGAUGUCAGAGAGGCUGGAAGUGCUCUUGGUUGGAGAAGGGAACUUCUCCUUCUCGGUGGCUGUGUGUGAAUCGGGUGAUGUUGAGAACAUCACCGCCUCCUGCUUACAAACCGAGCAGCAAGCCGUGGCUCAGGAACACGCUGCCCACAAUAUCCAGCGCCUGCGAGACCGAGGCUGUACAGUGCUUUUUGAGGUGGACUGCACAUGCCUAAAUGAGCACGAGGUCAUCCGACGCAGUGUCUACGACCGCAUCAUUUUCAAUUUUCCUCACUGCGGGCGGAAAAGUGGAGUCAAGAAGAACCGCACUCUCCUGGCCAAAUUCUUCAUAAGCUGUGCUGAAGUGCUCAAGGCCUGCGGAGAAGUGCAUGUGGCUCUAUGCAACGGCCAAGGAGGCACUCCAUGUGACAACCCGGUGAGAGAAUGGCACAACAGUUGGCAGGUGGUCGCCAUGGCAGCCGAGGCCGGCCUCAUUCUCAGCGAGAUCCGUCCUUUCGAUCGUGACAGAUAUCAAGGUUACAAAUGCACGGGUUACAGGAGUCAGGAUAAAGGUUUUCAUGUGGAUGGGGGGCUGAACCACAUUUUUACCAGGAGCCUGCCAUACACAAUGCCCAAGAAACUCAAAAUGGACACCGCAGUCAGGAAGGAGACGGUUAGUUUUGAGCUUCCCGAGGAGUUGAGCGAAUAUGUAAACAGGGAUUUCCUCGGUCGACAGUCAUGCCAUCCUGUGAAACUUGUGCUGGAGCAGUUGCUCAGAGAGAUCAAAUCCUCAUGGCCUGUAUGUUCAGUGAGCGGCAACUUUCCAGAGUUGCUCAGCUGCUCCCAAGACAAACUCCGGGCUUGCAGUUUAAACCUGAGCUCCUCUGAAGUCUACUGGAUCAAGCCAAUUGAGACCCGUCCCCUUGACCAAUGUGAAGUUAGUGAGAAGGAUUGUGAGCCAAUGGAGGAGCAGCAGUUCAUCAGCAGUAGCUAUAUGCUACGGCCAUCUUUGUUAAUGCAUGCAGAGGAAAUUAUGCAGCGUGAGGAUUUUAGCCCCGGAACCAUCUAUGCGCUAAGUGGAUUGGUUUUUCAAAGAGUUCCCAUCUCUCCAAAACGCUCCCCUGUUUUCCAUCAGCUUCUCCUCAUCGCUGUUUUACCUUCUGAAUCCCAACCUGUCAAAAGCCUCCAAAAUAAUCUGGAAGCUUUGCUUUCUCAUUAUGAAGUCUCAGUUGAGAAGGAGGAACAAGGUGAGGAGCAUCGAGUGUGGCUCAGUUCUCGGGAACUCCACAAUUUUGGCCAAAUAACUUGCGUCCCCUUUCCUCGAUCUGAACUCCAGCACGGUAAAAGCUCCAUUUUGACCUUGCUGUUAAAUUUGGACCACCUAGCAACCCUGAUCUUCUCGAUCCCUGACUGGCGCCUACUGUGGACCUCGGACCCACGUUUCCUGGCAAGUUUUGAACCUGGUAGCCAGGUACCUGCCCCAUUUCAGCCAUUCUCACUCUACCCGCCGAGUUACACCCAUGACGUGAGCUUCUGGAUGGAGCCAGACACAUUUGAUGAACUUGACUUUCACGAGGCAGUCCGCGUAGCCACGUGGGGAGCUGUAAGGGACAUACAGCUGGUAGACAGGUUCCGCCACCCCCACAUGGGACACGCUAGUCUGUGCUACCGGUUGGCAUACCAGUCACCGGAUCGCGCCCUGUCCCGCACCCGAGUGCUCGAGCUGCAAAACCAGUUGCGCACGCUGCUGCCUCUACGCUUGAAUAUCACCCUCCGGUAAAUAUAGGAAUCCUCAUGAGAUCAAGAACAUUACGCAAGUACCUCAGUCUAAAGUAAACACGAGAGGAGCCAUACCAAUAAUGGUUACACCCUAGAUUUUCUUUUGGAUUUGGGUCUAAAUAUCCAAUUGACCCUUUUUUAUACUUAACAUGGACAUCAAUUUUACAGGUCGUAUUUUUAUUACAGGUUUCUUGUAUCAGGUAAUCUAACUUAAAUGCGCUCCUAGGCUUAAAGAUGAUUUGUAAAUGCUAUAAUUACUGUGUUUUCUUUGCGUGUUUUCAUACUUAAGCCUUUUUGCAUACCCAAGGCUGUGUGAACCAAGAGAGCAUUACAUCUUGUAAUUAAAAAGAGUGGUAUGUAGAGCUGAAAACAAACUCACAAAAAUCACUGGUAAGUGAAAAAGGUAAACUAUCAGCAAGUGCUCAUAGUAAUCACCCGAGCAUGCAGAUAAUGGAGCCGGUGUUUAUGAUGAAAUAAUUGAUUAAAUAAUAUUAUAAAUAACGGGUUUUAAACAGCAUUUUAUUUUUCUUUAGUCAUGAUCCAGAACACAUUGUAUUUUCUGCAGCUCUCUUCUUUUCACCAAACAAAAAAAUUCAUUGUUUGGUGGAAAGAGUCACCAUCGCUGGUUUGUUUUCACAAAACAAUUCCUUCAGAGCCACAGAUCACUUGUGCAAAAUUGUUCUUAUUGUUUUAUUCGAUGCAUUAGUUAUUUCUCUAGACGUUUCUUCAUGUUACACUGAAUACUUUCUGUACUUGAUAUAUCAAAUAGGCAUUUCUCUGCGUGCAUGACCAGCCUUAAGCCCUUAAGUAAUAAUCAGAUGAUGCCUAUGCACUGAACCUAAGGGACCAAACAUAAAAUCUUUACUUUAAAUCUUUUAAAUCUUUACUUAUUGAACCUUUAAUUUACUUGUGUUUCUUUAAAGGAUCUUCAUGAGGAUGCUGCAUGAUCUUGUAUAUGACAAAAAUGACAAAACUUUUACUAGUUAUUUAAUGAUGAGUGGAUUAUAUUUAUGGAUAUGUUUAUAAUAAAUAUGCUGCUGAAUAAAAUUUUAAUGUCACCUUUGAGACAGAAUAUGUUUGUUCUUGCUUUGAACUACAGUGAUAGUUUCUGAGAGGGAAUAUAGGAUGAAGCUGGUUUCUAUGCUCUCAGAAACCCCUCCAAAUGCCAGUGUGAAAUAUUUGACUAUUGAAUCUUUUUGGUUACACAAGAUUUUCACAUUUCGCACUAAAUGUUCCUUUGAGAACUUCCCUUUUGCUUCUGUUCUACUUGGUGUGGUAUUAAUAAGAGCUUGGUUCACUAGUUGAUCUACUUUCUUGUUUCCUUCACGCCUACACAAGCAGGUGCCCAUAUAAAAAAAGACUAAAAAAUGAAUUCUAUACAACAAGGUUCUUUGGACUGCAUAUUGUUUUGGAUUGAAACACUGUAAAUUGUUAAGUGGGGUGCAUAUACAGACAUUAUGAAGAUAUUUCCUGACUAAUUCUGCAUUUGUCUAGCAGCCUGUCUCAGCCUGAUCCCUAUCUUGUAAGGUUUGGGGGUAAGUGUAAUUCCAUAUACAGGAGUGGAGUCUGGUGCUCCUGCAUCUCCAGGCCAAAUGAACUGAAAGCGACGCAGCAGAGUCACCAAGAUAAGAAAGAGUUCCAUGCAAGCCAGACCUUCGCCGAAACACGUACGAGGAGCUACACACAUGCACACAGACAGGUCCAGCAAAUGCAUCACGAGCUGCGUCUCACCAAAAGAGGAGCCAUCCACUCUCUGUUGAAAACAUCAGACAUCAUACAUUUGCAUAUACAAUUAUCUACACUACAUCCUGGGGUUAAAGUGAGCCGGGAUGAUCUGGAGCAGAGUUCCAACACACUUGAUAACUUGGAGAGGGUAGAAUUUUAAAUUUUUUUCUUGUACCUGUGGCGUGACAGACAGCAGGAACCAAAUUACACAAAACAGUCACAUAAAAUAGUAUUCUAUUGCAACGUUUAAUUUGCCUUCCAUAUUGUCCCAAUUGAUAUGUCCCAACUGAUUUGCUAAUGUAUGUAGGUUGUUAAUAUUAAUUUUUUUAAUUUGAGGUGGAAAGAGUAUUUACUCAACAGUUCAUGCAAGUUCAAACAGCUGCACAAAAAUGUCAUACACACACUCUCUGAAAAAGACUGGGAACCCUGUUGAUGCUGCAUCUUUGAAGAGCGUGUUUGAAGAUUCAGUGCUAAAUUCAGAUCCAGAUUCAGUGCGAAAUCCACUUGCUGAGUGAAUUACUUGAAGUUCAGAUAAAUGCAAAAAUACUAUUUUGUUGCAGUGUUUAAUGGUUAAUGUGCCAUCCAAAUUCCGUUGUAACCUCUGACUACAUCCAAGUAGAAAUCCAGAGAGGGUGGAAACAGUAUUUAGGUAACAGUUCAUGCAAGUUCACACAGUUCAUGCAAGUUCACACAGCUCCCCCCCAAACACACAACUUAUCAAUCUUAUCUAGACAGCAGUCAAUAAAGUCUCGUGACGUUCCUGGCACUCUCAUGUAUUUGUGUUUAUCAUGUUUGCUGCCCUUUGCUUUAAUAUAUCAGUGUUUGUAAAGGCACAGAAACUGUAACAUAUCUGUAUUUAAACUGGUAAUGAUGAAGUGAAAACUUGGGAGAGGAGGCAGAGCAGGUCUGUAAUGUAAGAAGAGAUUUUAAAAAAUGAUAAUUAAACUUUGGAAUCAAAAAUGCACAGAGAGCCAAUGAAGAGAAACUAGGACUGAAAAUGAAUGUUAUCCAGCAACCUCGUUCCCAAUCACUGUCAGAAUGACACCACUGUCCAAAUUCCAUUUUAACCUCUGACUACAUCCUAAUAGAAAUCCUGAGAAGGUAGAAACAGUCUUUACGCAACAGUUCAUGCAAGUUCGCUUACACAUAUGAUGUAAGCUGGAGAAUGAUGCAAUGUCACAACAUUCCCCAAGGUUCAUUCCUAAUCAAGUAUCUACACUACAUCCCGGGGUUAAUGUUAAUUCAUAUGAUCUACCAGUGGUGGGAGGUGGAAACAGUAUUUAGUCAACAGUUCAUGCAAGUUCAGACAGCUGCACAAAAAUGCCAUACACACACUUUAUCGAUCUCUGCAGUUUUAUGAUACAGGAAGUGUAUCAUAAAUCUGCGGGAAAAAUAGAACAAAAUAUGUUACUGGAUUGGAUCUGAAUAUGAUGCAUAUUGUACAAACAUAUGUUAGAGAUAAUGAUAUGAUGUCUUACCAUUCCCCAGGGUCCAUUGGCGAUCUUUGCGCUUUCUGUGAACAGCUGAACAUGCUCUUUAAGGGUUUUAUCCUCAUAGUCAUAACAAGCUCUGAUCAAAACCAGGUAGAUGAUAUUUGAUCAGGGGUCACGUGUCCUGGAAAACCUGGAAAAUUGAUGACUAAAUUUCCAGUCCUGGAAAACACAUGGAGAAUGAGAGAAAAUGUAAAAUGUCCUGGAAAAAUUAUUUGCACGAAUAUUCUUGUAUUUUUCUUUAGCCGAGAACAAACAGUUUACCACUGGCCUGAAACAAUUAAUGUUAGUAGCAGAAAGCGCUAUGUUCAGGGAUGAAGAGUUUUGACACACGAGAGUACGUAUUUUGAAUUAACAGCUCUCUUACGUUGUGGAAUGCAAUGCUCAAGUCAUGUUUAGUCUUGUGGAGGCGCUUGCAGCACCUAGCUAAUGUUAUUCACUGCUCGGAUGUUUGGAGUGAAUGUUAACUUGUAAGCAGCUACCUAACCUUGCUAACAUUAAUUCGGUAACUUGCUAACUAAUAAUCUUGCUAUGGUAUAAGCCAGGUGUCGGCACUCAGCAAUGUACGGCAUGCGUGCCAGCAUUGGACCACGAAGGGGUAAUGGAAUGGGAGAGAGAUAUUAUUAUAUGUAUUCAUUUUAUUCAGUUGUUUAUUUUAGAAACUUUAAAACACCUUGCAUCUUUAUGACAAAUUGCCUCUGAAGGAUUGAAUAAUACUUCCUCGUAGUUAUGAGCGAGAUGGCCCAAAAAAUGAGACGCUGCAGCGAUUACUGUAUUGCACAUUCAGCGAUUUAUUGCAAAUGGGGAGUGGAUUAUCUAGACGCGCGAUUCACUGAUAUUGCAGCACGAGCUACCAUUAUGACCACGAGGUGCAGGUCAGUUUGGGAACAAGUUGGUUCACUCUGCACUGUUGGUGUAUCGCGUAUGUAAAUGGAUCCACUCUGCAAUAACUCACGAUGUGUAGUUCAGUUAUCGCAGGAGUAUCCCUCCCGGAAAUAAACACGUAUGGGUAGUCCAAACAAAGUUCGUCCCUAUACAAACAUGUACGCUUUAGGGUGAGAAACAACUUUGAAAGAUAGAUCAGGUAGAUAUUCUAUAAGUUGACUGCUUCACCAUGCCUAGUUUCCCUGCUAAAUCGCUCUAAAAGCCUGGGAGAUAAUUUCCUUCACUUUAAUUAUGAUAUAUUGGACACAAGACCUAACGUGACAUAGACUGCACACUCUGUGGUGGCCGAAAUAGGUUGAAGACAAAUAAUCGAUGGUUUUAAGAGUUGAGUUUCUGAUUACAUUGAGACAAAGAUGUUUCUCACCAGAAACGUGUAUAUUAUUUAAUAAAUAUGAUAAACACAAUCAUUAAUAAUUAUAUACCGUAAUUAAUUAAUUUUGUCAUAAUGUAUUAUUUCAGAGCGUGAUCCUAUUCUUUUAUUUCCGCUGCAUGUUAUUGAAAGUGUAAUGGAAAAUGAUCUCUGAAAAAGACUGGGAACCCUGUUGAUGCUGCAUCUUUGAAGAGCGUCUGAGGAUACAUGGUGCUGCCUAUUACGAAAAUGUGUGUAGAGGUUAUGAAAGUGAUAUUGUUAGAUUAGAUUUGCUGUUAAACAAAUGGCUUAAAGCGGAUUGUUUUGGAUUUUUGUGGAGCCAGACAUGCAAAAUACAGUGGCAUCAUGUGCAAAUUUGUUCAUCAGGUUAUGUACAAAUGGAGCUAGCUUGUUGGCUUGGCGAUUGGUUAGUUAGUUAUAUGGUCAAUAACACAAUCUGAUCUGCCAACAGAUUCAGUGCUAAAUCCACUUUAAUCCAGUUUAACCUCUGACUACAUCCAAGUAGAAAUCCUGAGAGGGUGGAAACAGUAUGUAGGUAACAGUUCAUGCAAGUUCA